GUUCAGUCCGGUCUGAAGCUCCAGCUCGGGUUUUCGCGGUGACUAGCCUGUCUCGCGCACCAUCCGGCGCGCGCCCCACUCUGCGCGUGUGUGAAUGAGUGUGCGCGUGUGUAUGUGCGUGCGUGCGCGCGAGCUCUGCUUUCCUCACCUUUUCGGAAAGCUUGCUCUUGCCGUGAUGAAACCCGCAGCAGCCGAGCGGCAGGAAUUCACCGCGAAUAAAAAGCCGUUCUGACUGACUCACAGCACGGAGGAGUCGCUUCCCUCCACCACCACCAGCCGGGCUCUGUCUUUGUUUUUUUUUAAUACAUAACCAUACACAUAUAUAUGUACACGUCUUUUUUUCUUCCUUUGCUGUGUGCUUUCUUUAACCACAGUUACUGAAGAGGACCGGCUGCCUUGGUGCCGUCGCCUCCCCCUCCUUCUUCUUCUUCUUCCACUUGUGCGCAUCUUUCUUUUGACUUACAAGGGAGUCAGAAGUGAGUCAGACACACAGUGAGGUGACCGCCAACACCGUGCCUCCGUCGCUCUCUCUCACACACACUCACACACAUAUACACCGGUGUUUAGCUGGGCAUGCAUCGCCGCCUUUCAGCUCUUCCCGGAGAAGCUCCUUGUGCAUCCUCUGUGCGCUCCGACACACACUUUUGAAACUCAGCCACAGGUGCAGACCCUGAAGAUGAUGAGCGUCUUUGGGAAGAGUUCUCAAGCGCUGUUGUGACUCCGGUGACGUUCGAGCGAGCAUGAGGAGAGCGCCCAAGCCGAGCAUAAUGGCCUGCUCUGUGUGGAGUCUCCCGAGCCUCGGAUGUCUGGUGUUCGCUUUGGUCGCUCUACAUUGCACUGAAGGCUUCAGUCGGGCCGCACUGCCGUUUGGUUUGGUCAGGAGGGAGCUGUCCUGCGAGGGCUACCCAAUUGACUUGCGCUGUCCAGGAAGUGAUGUCAUCAUGAUUGAGAGCGCUAAUUACGGGCGCACGGAUGACAAGAUCUGCGACGCCGACCCCUUCCAGAUGGAAAAUAUCAACUGCUACCUCCCUGAUGCCUACAAGAUAAUGUCCCAAAGGUGCAAUAAUCGAACCCAGUGUAUUGUCAUUACGGGAACGGAUGUCUUCCCUGACCCUUGCCCAGGAACUUACAAAUACCUUGAGGUCCAGUAUGAAUGUGUCCCUUAUAAAGUGGAGCAAAAAGUUUUUGUUUGUCCCGGAACUUUGAAAGCUGUCGGAGAUCCUUCCUUUCUGUACGAGGCGGAGCAGCAAGCCGGUGCCUGGUGCAAAGAUCCUCUCCAAGCAGGAGACAAAGUUUAUUUCAUGCCCUGGACACCAUACCGCACCGACACACUAAUCGAGUACUCGUCGCUCGAUGAUUUUCAGAACUCCAGACAAACCCUAACGUACAAACUUCCCCAUCGAGUGGACGGCACCGGAUUCGUGGUGUACGACGGUGCCGUGUUCUUUAACAAAGAGCGAACGCGCAACAUUGUGAAGUUCGAUUUGCGCACACGCAUCAAGAGCGGCGAGGCCAUCAUCAACAACGCAAACUACCACGACACAUCACCGUACAAGUGGGGCGGCAAGACGGACAUCGACCUGGCCGUUGACGAGAAUGGCCUGUGGGUGAUUUAUGCCACUGAGCAGAACAAUGGCAUGAUGGUCCUGAGCCAGCUGAACCCCUACACACUGCGCUUUGAGGCCACUUGGGAAACUGCAUACGACAAGCGCUCAGCCUCUAACGCCUUUAUGGUCUGCGGCGUGCUCUACGUGGUCCGGUCCACAUAUGAGGACAACGAGAGUGAAGUGAGCAAAGGCGUCAUCGACUACAUGUACAACACCAAGCAGGGCCGCGGUGAGUACGUGGACAUUCACUUCCCCAACCAGUACCAGUACAUCGCCUCCGUGGAGUACAACCCCAGGGACAACCAGCUCUACGUGUGGAAUAACUUUUACGUCCUGCGCUACAACUUGGCCUUCGGACCACCUGAUCCAGCUCACGCCCCACCUAUUUCAGAUGCCACCUCAGUGCCAGCACCACCCCGAAUGACAACCACCACGAUGACAACAACAACAGCACAGCAUAGAGGCCUAACAACAACCAUAAACACUACGGGGACCAGGGUUGGCAACAAGCCCCCUAAACCCCCAGCGGCCCCGUCCCGAACUACCACACCUCCGUCCCUGGAGUCGUUCCCUUUGCCCAAGCGGUUCUGUGACAGCGUAGAGCGAAGGGACAUCCUGUGGCCUCAGACACAGAGGGGCAUGCUUGUGGAGCGACCAUGUCCCAAAGGAACCAGAGGCACUGCCUCCUACAUGUGUGUCCUCUCCACCGGGGCUUGGCACCCUAACGGCCCAGAUCUAAGCAACUGCACCUCUCACUGGGUCAAUCAAGUGGCUCAGAAGAUUCGGAGUGGGGAGAACGCGGCCAACCUGGCCAACGAGCUAGCAAAGCACACCAAAGGGCCCAUCUUCCCCGGCGACAUCAGUUCCACCAUGAGGCUCAUGGAACAGCUGGUGGACAUCCUGGAUGCCCAACUACAGGAGCUGAGGCCAAGCGAAAAGGACUCUACCGGACGGAGCUUCAACAAGCUUCAAAAGCGAGAAAGGACAUGCAGGGCAUAUAUGAAGGCUAUCGUGGAUACCGUGGACAACCUGCUCCGGCCAGAAGCACUGAAGUCUUGGAGAGGCAUGAAUAUCACAGAGCAGACUCACGCUGCCACCAUGUUACUAGACACUCUCGAAGAAGGAGCCUUCGUCCUUGCUGACAAUCUAAUGGAACCAGCAAUAGUGAAAGUGCCAGCCAGCAAUAUAAUCCUGGAUGUGUAUGUGCUGAGCACAGAUGGCCAGGUGCAGGACUUCAAGUUUCCCCAGAGCAGCAAGGGUGGGAUAUCUAUCCAGCUGACAGCCAAUACAGUUAAACUGAACAGUCGGAAUGGUGUUGCCAAGUUGGUUUUUGCUCUGUACAAAAACCUGGGCCAGUUCCUGAGUACUGAGAAUGCAACAAUCAAACUGGGCAGCGAGGUGAACGGCCACAACCUCACCGUAGCCGUAAACUCGGAUGUCAUCGCUGCCUCAAUCAACAAGGAGUCCAGCCGAGUCUAUAUAACCGAGCCAGUGAUUUUCACCCUGGAACACAUCGAUAUGCAACACUAUUUCAACUCAAACUGCUCCUUUUGGAAUUACUCAGAAAGGAGCAUGAUGGGAUACUGGUCCACACAAGGCUGCAAGCUUGUUAAGUCCAACAAAACCCACACGACCUGCUCGUGCAGCCAUCUCACAAAUUUCGCUGUCCUUAUGGCUCAUCAGGAAAUGCUGGGCCCAGGCAGAGAGCACAAGCUGCUGCUGACGGUCAUCCCUCGUGUGGGCAUUGUGGUCUCACUCGUCUGCUUGGCCAUGUGCAUCUUCACAUUCUGCUUCUUCCGUGGCCUGCAGAGUGACAGGAACACCAUCCACAAGAACCUUUGCAUUAACCUCUUCAUCGCCGAGCUCCUCUUCCUAAUUGGUCGCAGCGUGACAGAAGUCAGGAUUGGAUGCGCGAUCGUCGCCGGCAUCCUGCAUUAUUUCUUCUUGUCCUCUUUUGCUUGGAUGUGUCUGGAGGGGGUUCAUCUCUAUCUCAUGCUCGUGGACAUCUUUGAGAGCGAAUAUUCACGAAAGAAAUAUUACUACGUCUCGGGCUACCUGUUUCCCGCCAUCGUCGUGGGCGUGUCCGCGGCUGUGGAUUACAAGAGCUACGGAACGGAGAAAGCAUGCUGGCUGAGACUGGACAACCACUUCAUUUGGAGUUUUAUUGGACCUGUUACCUUAAUCAUUAUGCUUAAUCUCAUCUUCCUGGUCAUCACAAUGUACAAAAUGGUGAAGCACUCUACUUCAUUGAAACCAGACUCCAGCAGGUUGGAAAACAUAAAUAAUUAUCGCGUUUGUGAUGGCUACUAUAAUACAGAUUUACCUGGGUCCUGGGUUUUAGGAGCAUUUGCCUUGCUAUGUCUUCUGGCUCUUACCUGGACCUUCGGAUUGUUAUUCAUCAAUAGCGAGUCCAUUGUGCUGGCCUAUCUCUUUACCAUUUUCAACAGCUUUCAGGGCAUGUUCAUCUUCAUCUUCUACUGUGUGCUUCAGAAAAAAGUUCGUCGAGAGUACAGCAAAUGCCUCCGCCACACAUCUUGUUGCAGCAGCUUGCCAAGCGAGAGCUCCCACAGUUCCACGAAGACAGCAACAACAAGGACAAGUGCUCGCUACUCCUCUGGCACACAGAGUCGAAUCAGAAGAAUGUGGAACGACACUGUAAGAAAGCAGUCGGAAUCUUCAUUUAUUUCAGGGGACAUCAACAGCACAUCAACCCUCAACCAAGGAAUGACGUCCAAUUAUCUACUAACAAAUCCUCUUCUACGACCUCAAGGCACUAACAACCCGUAUAAUACCUUACUGGCCGAAACGGUCGUAUGUAACUCUCCUACGGCUCCUGUCUUUAACUCUCCAGCGACCUACAGAGAGACAAGACACUCAAUGAACAAUGCCAGGGAUACAAGUGCAAUGGAUACUCUACCGCUAAAUGGUAACUUCAAUAAUAGCUACUCGCUUCGGAAUGGGGACUACGGCAACGGCGGCAUCGGCCUAGACGAAGCUGCCUUCGAGAAGAUGAUUAUCUCAGACCUGGUUCACAGCAACCUGAGGACAUUCGCCAAAAAACAGCGGCACGAGCCUCAUCUGUCCACGAGGAAUGCAGCUGUGGGAGGGACCAGUAGAAAAGAGGAAGCUACUGUGGUUGAAACUACAUCUUUGGUACCCGUGGACAGCGAGAGCAGCCAUUUAAUGGUGGGGAGUCUAAGCUUGCACCAUCACCACCAGCACCACCUGGAUGCCCCUCUCAUCCCCCAGCGGACUCACUCGCUCCUGUAUUACACUCAGGAGAGAGCGAGAACCGAGCCCACAGCUACAAAACACAGCCUGCAGCCACCCACUACGGACUCCCUGUACUCCAGAGAGCUGAACCUGAGAGACCCGCCCUUAACCGAGAGCGGCCUCCAGACAGAGCAACUCUCGCCCUCCAAACACAGCGAGGACGAGGACGCCUUCUACAAGAGCAUGCCCGAUUUAGGGGCCGGCCAACAGCUGCAAAGCUACUAUCAGAUGAGCAGGGGAAGCAGUGACGGUUAUAUAAUCCCCAGCCCCCAAUCCCCUAAAGAGGAGUGCGAGCCAGAGGUGGACGUACGGGAAGGACAGAUGCAGCUCAUCACAAGCCUUUAAUAUGUUCUUUUUCUUAAUUUUUUUUUUUUUUUU